CGUUUCGUACAGCGUUUGCGCUGUACACUACGUUCGCGGUCGUGCGAAAGUCCACAUGAGGCUGUUGCCAGUUAUUGAUCCUGGCACGCUUAAACAACACUGCAUUGCUGUCAACUAGGAAAACAAUUCCCGUCGACGCAGCGCGUUCGUAAAAUAUCAUCUGUUAACGGGCUUAAAGGACGAUUCGUGAACGUACCUAUUUCACGUCGUGUUAGUUACGUCGAUUGCGACUUUACCGAUAUUCUUGAUCAACUUCUCUCGAAAAUCGACGCACGUUCAUCGUUCUGUCAAAAUGUAAAAAAGAUUUCUUUCUUGGUAGCAGUAUCCGGCGGGUGAAGAAGCGAAAGAGAGAGAGAAGAGAGAGAGGGAGAGAGAGAGAGAGAGAGGGAAGAGAUAGAUAGAUAGAGUGGUGGGAGAAGGAGUGGGAACAAGAGAAAAGUAGACAGAACGAUAGACAGAGAGGGAGAGGGUGGGAGAGAGUGUGAGAGAGAGAGAGAGAGAAAGAGUGGGAAGGAGAGAAAGGGAACGAGAAAGACAAGUAGACGAAGAUAGAGAGGGAGAAAGAGAAGUCGAGCAACGUCACAAGAGAAAAGAUCCGUCAUCAGGAUUUUAUUCGCUCCUCUUUCUCUAAUGACAAGAGAUAGAGAAGGAAUAUAUAUAUAAAAAAAAAAAAAAACGGACCAAAAAAUCGAUUUCUUUUUAUCGUGCGAAUCCUUUUUCUUUUCUUUUUUUCUCUCGUAAGUCGUGCAAGUUCUGGUUAAGGCUACGAGCUCGUAACACGAAGAGACUUAGCGCGUUGUACGUACGUUGGCUGCACAUGUGAUCGUCCAAGGUGUCACCAUCAGCUCGAGAUGAAGAAGUUCACGAUCAAAGGGGUACUCGACGGUUUCCGUUCGUCGAUUCCUCAGCCAGCUAAGUCGGACCAGGAGAUCGUUGAAAAUCUAAGAUCCGAGCACUUUCAAGUCAAGAAGACAUUCAGACAUGGCUUUCCACAUCAACCGACAGCCGUUGCUUUCGACCCAGUUCAAAGGCUCCUUGCCAUUGGUACUAAAUCAGGAUCCCUCAGGAUUCUGGGUAGACCAGGCGUAGACGUUCAUGUAAAGCACGAAGGGUGUUCGGCAGUGAUGCAGUUGCAGUUUUUGAUUAACGAAGGUGCUCUUAUUUCUGCGACCACCGACGACACUCUUCAUCUGUGGAACUUUCGUCAGAAGAUACCGCAGGUAGUGCAGAGUCUGAAGUUUCAACGAGACAGGAUAACAUGCAUCCAUCUGCCACUUCAGAGCAAAUGGCUUUACGUUGGUACCGAACGUGGCAAUAUUCACGUACUCCACAUCGAAACGUUCGUUCUAUCCGGAUACGUAAUUAAUUGGAACAAGGCUAUCGAAAUAUCUAGAAAGACCCAUCCUGGUGCUGUAGUACACUUGAGUGAUAUUCCUUUAGAUUUGAGCAAGAUUCUGAUCGGAUAUGAAAGCGGACAGAUCGUCUUUUGGGAUUUGAAAACGAAGAGUGCGGAUUACAGAUGUCACAGCGACGAACCCUUGAAAUCAAUAACAUGGCAUCAUGAAGGCAAACAAUUUAUGUCUAGUCACAGCGAUGGUUCGCUAUUGACUUGGACGGUGCGUCAAUUAAAGCCAACAAAUGUCACGCAUCCACACGCGAAAGCUACCAAAGACGGAGAGCCGGAACCAUGUAAAUCUAUACAAAAAGUGGAAUGGAAACUGUCAAGAUCCGGGGAAGCGUACGUCAUAUUUUCCGGUGGUUUAGCUUAUGACACAACUGGAAGAACUCCUAGUAUUACAGUGAUACACGGAAAAACCACGACGGUCUUAGAAAUGGAGCACAAUGUUGUAGAUUUUAUAACGCUUUGCGAAAGUCCUUGGACAAGUGAUUUCCAGGAUCCUUACGCUGUUGUGGUUUUACUACAGAACGAUCUUGUGAUCAUCGAUUUGUUAACUCCUGGAUUUCCAUGUUUUGAAAAUCCAUAUCCAAUGGACAUACACGAAUCACCUGUGACCUGUUGUGCGUACUUCGCUGAUUGCCCGUCAGAUUUGGUACCUGCUUUUUACUCGGUUGGAUCUAAAUCGCAAAAGAAAACUGGAUUCAGUGAAAAAGAGUGGCCGAUCUCAGGCGGAGAAUGGAGUUCUAGUUCGAGCAGUUACAAUGAAAUUAUUCUAACAGGGCAUGCGGAUGGUAGUAUAAAAUUUUGGGACGCUUCUGCCGGUACGUUACAAGUCCUUUACAAAUUAAAAACGGCAAAGCUUUUUGAAAAGAGUAGAGUCCGAAGCGUGGAUUCGGAGGAAGAUCCAUUGGCGAUACAGCUUAUUUAUCUCUGUCCUGAAAGUCGAAAGUUGGCGAUCGCUGGUUCGGGGAAAUACGUUGUAUUAUUUAAAUUUAAGAAGGCUGAAAGUAUAUCGGAAGUAGUCACAUUAGAGAUAUCAUUGAGCCAAAAUCCAUUGAGAGAAAUAGAAACUUCGCCGGAUCACGAUGCGCCAGCGACGGGCAAUGUUCCUUCAGGCGGGGAGUCCAAACACACAUCGGAAUAUAAUCAUCCAUUGAAAGUGAAGACCGGUUUACAAAAACGUGCUGCUGGCUUUCAAGCAACUUUGAUUUGUCUAACAAUCGCACCGAGCGGAGAACAAACUGAAAACAUAACAGCCCUCAGUUUAAAUUCAUCUUAUGGAUUAAUGGCCUAUGGAAACGAGACAGGGUUAGUAAUAAUCGAUAUCGUGCAGAAAAUCUCUUUAAUAGUGCUGCACACGGCGGACCUUGGCGGAAGCGGUGAUCCUUACCAGCGAGUUCUGCGAAGUCCCAAGAGGCAAGAUGAUUCGAAGCGAGAAAACGAAGAUAAAGCAAGGAGCCCGAGUGCAGAUCAGACUCAGCCGGAAGCGACGAGGGAGAGCGAGCCGAUAUUAACGAUGCCGCUAGCAGAUACUCAUCAACAUCAACAGCAACAACAUUCUCAGUGUCAGCGUGCAUCGCCACGUGAUUCGAGUUGUCCGGUCGGAAGCAAUGUUGAAAAAUUGACCGAGGAAUCGACGAGCGAGGGCUCGGCCAAGCUCGUCUCUGGAAGUACAACUGCAUCGAACGGUGAAGACAGCCCGAAGAAUCAUGGUUGGAAGGGUUUUCGUCUGAAACGACAGCUCAGCAAGGUCGAUCUCAAGAUAAAGAAUACGUUUGCGUCGUCCUUGGUGUCAUCUCAGAAUGGGGUACUUCAGGUAGGCAGUGAGAGUGCCCCUCCGAAGAGUUCUUCCGUUUUUUAUUGCAACGUCAACGAGUCCUCGAGAGCUCUUUCACCGGUCGAAAGUCUUGAGACGGAGGAAGACGAGUCGGUCUCCUGUGCGAAUCCUUUGAGUCGCGAAAGUCCUCAAGCUUCUUGUCCUCAUGAUACGAAAAACGCAGAUACCGAAAGCGAGAGACAAAGCGGAGUUGAACGUAACGAAGCCGUCGAAAGAACUCACACGGCGAACGUUACGACGAUGGCUACGAGCACGAUGGCCGCGAGACCUUUAGAAUUGUCCUUGCAUGAGAACGAUCGAAAGCCACGAUUGAAGAGGAUAGUGAUGGGGAUUCAGAGUAAGAGAGAGGGACGUCUACUUUCCGUGCCUAAUCUGAAAUACCAGAAAACUGAUGGAUCAACCGUUUGUGACCUAAGAUGCGAGGAUAACACGGCACCAGUCGCAGACUCCUUCACUGGAAAUCUUAUAAGAAGAUUCAGCCGGAUAGACAAAUUUGACGGUUCCUUUCAACGAUCACGGAGCUCAAGCAUGUCUUCGCUUGAGAACAUCACCACGGAAACCAUUAGCUGCCUUACGUUCGCUGACUCCUAUACGAAGAAAAGCGAUACCAGCACCUUACCCACUUUAUGGGUUGGUACGUCUUUGGGGUCCACAACCAUCGUAUUUAAUCCACCUGUACCAGGCGAGAGACAUUCAUAUCCUGUGGUUGUUUCGACAUGUAAUGGAUCGACGUUCAAGUUGAAGGGUUGUAUCUUGUCGAUGUCAUUUUUGGAUUGCAAUGGCGCAUUGAUACCAUAUUCUUUUGAAUCCUGGAGAGAUGAGAACGUCGAUGGAGGAAAAGAACGUAACAAGAACCAAGGAAAAUGCAAUAGCCGAUUAUCACCGUCCUUGAACGCUCAAGUUACAACCGGGGAUGGUUUUGAGGAUCGGCAAUUUGUCGUCCUGACGUCUGAGAAGCAAGCGAGGGUCGUGGCUUUACCCUCUCAAGAUUGCGUCUACAGACAACAAUUGGCAGAGACUCAUAUUGUAAUCAAGGCAGAGGUUACGACUUUGAAAGAUAAUGUCUGCCUAGUAUGUUACGUCUCAAAUGGUCACGUAUCUACGUAUAGUCUACCUAGUCUCAGGCUGCUAAUAGACGUCGAUUUUCUACCGCUUACAGAUUUGAGUUUUCAGACUACAAAACACGGCAUUGUAGACCCCAUGUUGUCCAUAUGGGGUCAUCAACUGUUUGUUAAUGGCGAUACCGAUCAGAUUGCGAAGACUCUUUGCUUCAGUAAUCGUGGCCACGGUCUGUAUCUGUCCUCGCCUACGGAGAUACAGAAGUUUUCAAUAUCAAGCGAAUUCUGCGGAGAAUUGACCGAAAUGAUGGGAGAUUUGUUUAUCGGUCACGAUAUGCCGGAACCACCUAAGGAAAGUUUCUUUAGGGGCCUGUUCGGCGGUGGUUCGAGAAGUCUCGAUAGAGAAGAGUUGUUCGGCGAAUCGAGUGGUCGUGCAUCUCGUACAGUUGCUAAACACAUCCCUGGUCCAAAUGCAGGCACGGAAAAUAUGAGAGAACGCGUUACAGGAAUCACCGGUGAAAUUGCUCAGGCGCAUCACAUGGUAGUGGAGCGUGGAGAGAAGUUGUCGCACCUUGAAGAACGAACGGCUCGCAUGAUGUCCGAGGCUGAAAACUUUUCAACGUCGGCACACGGUCUGAUGCUAAAGUACAAGGAUAAGAAAUGGUACCAGCUAUGAGAGUAUCGCUUGAUUCGAAUCCGGAUACGAUUCAUAUGGACGAGUAUGGAAAUUAUAUGCAAGAAGUUGGCAUUUGCGAUUCAUUCAUGAAUUCUUCUCUCUUUGAUAAGAAAGCAAAAUUAACCGUAUUACAAGCUCCAAGUGUAUGCUCUAUGAGAAACAUGUAUGUAGGGACAAAGAGUGAAUUAGAGUGGAAGUAUGAGAGAGAGAGAGAGAGAGAGAGAGAGUGGGAGAGAGAGAAAUAUUAAUAGAUAAAAAGGAAUAUGAAAGAGAAAAAGAAAAAUUGAAUGUGUGAACGAAUAAAGUAUAGGAUCGAGAUGAUAAGGAAAGCUCCCUGCGCGCGUGCACAUACACAUACACAUACACACAUAUACGCAUACACACAGUUUCCACACACACACACACAUGCGCAUAUACACAAACAACACAUUCACAUGAUCAUCUGUGCUGGUCACAGGUUAUAGGUACGCACAUUAGCAAGACGAAAUUGAAUGGAUGGUAGAUAAUAAAGCGAUUACAUAUACAAGGUCACUUCAACAACAACAUCGAUCAUAAUCUUUAUUCAAGAAAACAUUAAGACAUGAAAGAGGCGGUUCGAUAUGAGCUUAUAGUACGAAUCGCUUAAAAAUCAUAUAAAGGAGUGAGACGACGAUACAGGAGUCAAUACGAGCAAUUACGAAAUAAUUCGCCUUUUAAUCGAUGGUACUCGUUGAUUCAUUCGGAUGUCCUGCGCCAUUUAUGACGUCUUUACAUUACGCUUUUCUUUAUUGUCGAUGAAAUAAGGGGAAAAAAAAUGCGACAACGGUGGAAUUCGAGUGAAACGAUAUAACAUCGUUUUACUUUCUUGUCUCAUUUUUCACGAAGAAGAUAGGUAUUUAAUCACGGGACAUGGAAUUAUCAAAGACAGCAGAAAUUCAAGGCGCAGCGAUUUUAUCCUCCGAAUGUAUUGACAAUAAAAAUAUAGUUAAUUAGUCGAACAUGCAGAGGAUUGGAUAAAAUAUCAAACGAUGAAGUAUAUAUUUUAUCCACGGAGGCGAGUUUUGUAGUAGGAAAAGGUAUACUGCGAAACACGUCACGCCGAUAAGAAUGUAUAAUUGUUAUCGAAUUGUAGUUAUCGCUAGACACGCUAAUGUAUAUAUAUAUAAUGGAAUGAGAAAAAAAAAGAAUACACACACACACACAGACACACAUACACACACACAUACAUACACAAAGUAGGAAAGAUUAUGCGUUAUAAAAAGCUGUUUAUAAAUAAUGUGUUAUAAGUUACGCUACUUCAGCGUCGUUGGUGAAUUCAACUGAAUUUGUAAUGCAUAAAUGGCACGGAAGAGCAAACUAUUCUAAUUUUAACUGUACGUAUAGACUAGAUAACAUAAAGACAAUAUAUGAUAUACACACACGUGCGUUCCGGGCGCGCGCUUGUGCGGGUGCAAAAAAUUCAAUUGAAUUUAUCGAGGCUCUGAAUCGACGUACUGCUUCCAUAGCAAUAAUUGUAUAGUCGAUGUUAAUGGUACUAAUCACUUGCAUUAAUACUUAUAAAUGCAUCCUACAGACGAUUAACUAGAAUGCAUUCUUCGAGUUGUUUAAACUUCGUGGUAUGAUCUUUCUUGGACAAUAUAUUCAAAUCGCAUUGAAUUAAUCCCGUUAUUAUAUCGUGGGAUGUCUUCACUAUCAAUUAUUAGUACAAAACUCGCGAACUCGGCGAGUCGUUGGAGACUUAAUAGGCGACAUUUACGAGAAAAAUAUAAUAAUGGAAACAUGUUAUUCGAGGCUAAGGAUCGAAUAAAACUUUCGGUUGUUCGGUAGGUACACUACAUUUGCGCUAUCCUACAUACAUCUAGAAUCAUUGCUCUUUGGAAAUCGGAGAUUCUGCAUGCGAGCGAUUUAAUGAUAGUAUAUUAAUAAUUAAAAAAAAAAAAAAGAAAAAGAAAAAAAAAAGAAAAAAAAAGACAAAAAAGACAAAAAAAAGAAAGAAAAAAAAAAAUAUAUAUAUAUAUAUAUAUAACAAAUUCAUAAGUGGAAGGCUAUUUUAACGCUCACACGAAGGGAAUGAACGUUUCUUCAGUUCGAAAAGAGAAAGUGUUUUUUCGGACUACUGUGAAAGUGGUUUUUUGUUGUAAUAAUGGAACUGUAGUUAAAUGUGCCAUAGUUAUGAAGGAAUAGAGAUAUAUAUAUAUUACCGUUUAAGUGUUUGAUAAUAUAAUAUACUCCACAACUUCCGUUGUACACGGUAAAAUAUCAUACUUUACAGAUUUCGACUACUUAUCUGUCGCAUCGGAACCUGCAAAGAUCUGUUUGAAAAUAAUUUCUCGAUAUAUAAAAUGUAGUUUCAGUUAUAUUUAAACUUAGCUAACUAAUUUCGUUUUCGUUCCUCGAAUCAUUUUCAUACACGGUGCUUGUAAUCUUCGAUUGGUAAUUAUUUAGAUGAAAACAGAGCUGAAACUAUCUGUUGUAUAUCUUCAUAUCACGAUACAAACUAUUGUCACGUACUUGAUUGAAUAAACAUUAAUUUUGCCUA